AGCUUAUAGCGGAAAAAUUCAGUGUCAAACUGUCAAGAUUUUGUAAGAAAAUAAAGAAAUGCGGUCCUUAACUUGAAUUUAGAGGGGUGAAUUAUUUGUAUAUUAUAAUACUAAUGUGAUUUAUGACCACUAUAAUUUAUCUGUCAUGGCUCUUAAUGUUUUAAAAAGUUUUUUACAACGCAAUGAUUUCGUCAAAAUAUUCUUGAAAGAUGGUAAAAAGAUAUUGCAAAGCAGAACAUAUUCAAUUGGAAUAAGUACUGACAGUAAAGUUAAAGUAAAUAAUAUAGUUUUACGAAGCAAUGUAGCCAGAGACUGGCAAUUAACUAGCUUUUCAGUUAGAAAUCAAUUAUAUUCUACACAAACAGCACAACAAAGUGAUAGUGAAUAUUGUAAUGAGAAUAAUAUUACCGUAAUCGGGGAUGACGUGCCUAGCCCAGUAAGAGACAUAGACACUAGCAAUCUUCCAGACUAUAUAAAAAAUUUUUUGAAAGAGCAGGGCUUUACCAAGCCUACAGUAAUUCAAUCUCAGGGAUGGCCUAUUGCAAUAUCUGGUAAAAAUUUUGUUGGUAUUGCUCAGACAGGUACUGGGAAAACAUUGGCAUAUUUAUUGCCUGCAGUAAUUCAGUUAAAAGAAAAUAGAGGGCGAAAAGGAAGAGGACCAAGGGUGCUGGUUUUGGCACCUACUAGAGAAUUAGCAAGGCAGAUUGAAGUAGUUGCUAAGGAUUUUCAAAAGUUAUUAAAUAUAAGGUGCUUAUGUAUAUAUGGUGGUGUCAGUAGAACAGGUCAAGCUGAACAGUUAAAGGCAGGAGUUGAUAUAUUGAUAGCCACACCUGGUAGAUUAAAUGAUUUUAUUAAUAGUAAAGUCACAAAUUUGAGUCGCUGUACCUAUGUUGUGUUGGAUGAAGCUGACAGAAUGUUAGAUAUGGGCUUUGAACCUCAGAUUCGUGAGGCUUUGGAAGAAGUACCAUAUGAUAGACAAAUUUUGAUGUUUUCUGCUACAUGGCCAAAGGAAGUACAAUAUUUAGCAAAGGAUUAUUUAGGAGAGUUUGUCCAGGUCAAUGUUGGGUCUACAGAAUUGUCAGCAAAUCACAACAUUCAACAGCAUAUCCAUGUAUGUGAGCAAGAAGAAAAGAUGAGCAAGUUUAAAUCAAUUAUGCAUGAUAUAUCUGGACAAGGCUUUGGGAAACUGCUAGUGUUUACCAAUACAAAGAAAUUUGUUGACAAUUUGGCUCUUAUGUUAAGAAGAAAUGGUUGGCCAGCUGCGGGCAUACAUGGUGAUAAGACACAGUUGCAAAGGGAUAGUGUUAUUGACAAAUUUAGAAGUGGUAAAACAAAUAUACUCGUUGCUACCGAUGUAGCAGCUAGAGGAUUAGAUGUGGAAGGGGUAACCCAUGUGAUCAAUUAUGAUUAUCCCAAUACUUCAGAAGAUUAUAUACAUAGGAUUGGGCGAACAGGUCGUUUGCAGAAUACCGGUAUUGCUCACACAAUUCUUACCAGUGAAAAUGCGAGACAGGCUAAAAGUUUAAUUUCUGUUUUGAAAGAAGCAAAUCAGGAAGUUCCAGAGGUCUUACAUCAGUUAGCCAGAGAAAAUGUGAAAACCAAACAUCAGCAGUCAAGAUAUACUCCAAACAAGUACAAUACAAAUACAAAUAGAAAAUGGAAUAAAUUUCGUAGUAACAAAAUGUAUUAGAUAUACCUUGGUAACAGUAAUUUAAUGUUAAGUGUAUUCGAUUAUAUGUCAAAAAAGUCGAAAAAUAUAGUGUAAUUUAUAGCGCAUUGAGUUAGAAGUAAAGAUUCAUAGACCACUGAA